AUGGCAGCUGAUAUGAUGGAUGAGUUGGAAGUGGAUGCAGACAGUGAUGAGGAAGCAGAAGUUGAGCAUAGGUCAGACGAUGACAAAUGGGAAACAGACGAAGAGCCUGGUGACAAUGACGAUGAUGCAGAGCUGGUCGAAGAAGAUGGGAACCAGUGGGAGACAGAUUCGGAAGAGCCUUCGGAGGAUGACGCUGAGGAUGAUAUGGAUCUGGAUGAUGAGGCAGAAGGUGAACUAGAUGAUAUCUGUGAUGACGAUGGUAACGAGAUAGGCCUAGAUCCUGACUUUGAAUUUGCUACAUUGUAA